CUAUUGCCUAAACACAUGCGUUUAUAUGCUCUUUAUUUUGCAGUUUUGUCAGUCUGUGCCUCCCUUGCUUUCACUGUGUAACUGUACUCCAGGCCACGAAGAGGAAUUUUGAUUAUCAGCAGCUGGAUUCUUCAGUUUCUAUCUAGCAUGUCAUUCCUCACUAAGUUAGUAACUCCUUUGCUGACAGUUUCUCAGAUUCGGUUGCAAGAACACAACAACAUUAUCCUGUAGCUUAGCUUAGUAUUGUACUGCCCACAGCUACAGAGUUUUUUAAAGCAAAAUGUUUGUAGAUUGAAUAAACUGAGCUGAAAUAAUGGCAUCUCCCUCAUCCAAGACGGUCGCUUUCUUUGCCAAACCCUCUGUUAUUUAACUAUGAUGUUUGAGAGAAGUCUAUAAAAGGAGAUAGUGAAUAACAGGAUGCGGUUUUGGACGAGAAAAGCUGAAAUAACUAAUAAGACUCAAUAAGAGCUUAAAUUGUUUUGUAUUUUUGUCCCUUUUUUUAUUUGUUAAAUUAUUAAGGAAGGUCUGGGACGAACACUUAAAUGACAAACUGCAGAUCAAACUACUUUUGUUAGGUUUGAAAGUCCAAAGCUUUGGAGUUACUUUUAAAGGACAGAGCUGUUCAACCAUAACUCAAUGAUUUACUUUACUUAUGGUUUUAUCAAAAAACUCUAUCUUUUUAUCUGUUUUAUCUCUUGGUGAAACUCAUUCCCAUCAGACUUCAACAAUUGAUGUAGACAUGGGUUGCCCUGGUUUAAUACCAACAUGGAUUGUACUAGAACAACUUACUAUUGCACACACACAGACCAGUAAGCCUAUUCACCAACAUGUAAAGAUAAAUGAUGACAUUGUAGAGAAUGUGAAUCUUUGAAGUGUUUUACUAACAUCUUUAUUGUUAUAUGUAAAUCAUAUGAUUUUUAUUUUUUGCUGCUUGACUUAGUGAUUUGAAUAAUGGUAAUUGUGGUAAUAUUGAAUUACUUUGUGGAUAGUAUGAUGCCACCUAGUCACCCCCACCCCAACAUCUGUUGCUUCAAGCAACCACAAUGUUUUUUUCAACUUUAUGCGUCAUGCUAGAUAUAUUUGGUACAUCAUGGGUUUUUUACCUUGCAUGUCACAUUGUGUUUACCCAAAGUAAUCUGCGUAUGUUCUUUUCCUCCUCACACAGCAGUAUGAAUAUAUCAGAGUAUGACUCAUUUCCGUACUUGGACUAUGAUUACAAUGACACCUGUGAUCAGGAUGGCGGUCCAGAGUUGCCAAAUGGAACCACAAUAUUGCACAUGCUGUACUACAUGCUGUUUUUUCUAAGUGUGCUAGGCAACACCACUAUUUUCUGGGUUCUCAUCCGGUACAUAAAGUUGAAGAGCAUGACGGACGUAUGCCUGCUCAACCUGGCUCUGUCUGACCUCAUACUGGCUGCAUCCCUGCCCCUCUUGGUCAACUAUCAGAACCUCGCAACCUGCAAACUGCUGACAGGAGUCUAUCAGGUGGGCUUCUACAGUGGAAAUCUGUUUGUGACUCUAAUGAGUGUGGACCGCUACUUGGCUAUUGUCCAUGCUGUUGCAGCCAUGCGAGCACGCACACUUCGCUAUGGAAUCAUAGCCAGCAUCACUAUCUGGAUCAUUUCAGUCAUCAUGGCAAUCCCUGGGUUGAGAUUUGCCGCCUUGGAGAUAGAUCCAGACGACAACAGCUCAGUGUGCCAGCCAUUCUACCCACAUGAGAGUCAGCAUUUGUGGAAGAUGCUGCGAAACUUCAGCGAAAACACAGUGGGGCUAUUUGUGGGCCUCCCCGUCAUGAUUUUCUGCUAUGUGAAAAUACUUGUUGUGCUGUCCAAGUCCAGGAACUCCAAAAAAGACAGAGCUAUAAAGCUAAUAUUUACAAUAGUUUGCGUGUUUGUCAUUUGCUGGGUCCCCUACAAUGUUGUGGUUCUUCUUAAAACUCUACAGCUGUUCCUGGAAACCCUGCAAACCUGCCAGGCUGAAAAAGCCAUCAACUCUGCAAUGAGCUAUGCUGAAAUCAUUGCACUGUCUCACUGCUGUGUGAAUCCAAUCAUCUAUGCAUUUGUAGGGGAGAAGUUCAGGAAGUCCCUGCGUAAUGCGCUGACUAGGUACUUCUGCUGGAGGCAGCUGAGCAGAGGGACUCUCAGCAACAGAGACACCACCGAGAAAGAGACGUCCAACACGCCUGUAACAUCUGAUUAUUAAGAAUGCUACAAAAACAUUGUUACAAAGACAGUGCAGUGUGUUUGUGUGUGUGUGUGUGUGUGUGUGUGUGUGUGUGUGUGUGUGUGUGUGUGUGUGUGUGUGUGUGUGUGUGUGUGUGUGUGUGUGUUGUUUUGCAUGUGGUUGCUGCUUCGAAGAGGUGAAAAAGAAGAAAGGAUGCUGUUAUUUGUAAACAAUAUUAUGAAACAUGCAUGGAAAUAUUGAAAUUCAAAGUACAUUAGUCUUUGUCAAAUUCCAUUGUUUUGUAAACUAAGACAAAAUAAAAUGUGCUUGAUAAUUUCUUUUUAUAAUAAGUGAGAACAAAAUAAUUCUGAGAUGUGUGUGUUAUGUCAAAAAAGUGCAUCUUGACACAGCAUUGCACCACUUUAAAUCUAUUUGUGGCAUUUCCUUCUUGGUAGAUUGUACAGUAAGUACUUUCCAAGAAGUGUGCAGAGCAGAAUCCCUUAACUCAUUUAAAAACAACUGACUAAUUUAAAAACGGUGCAUAUUUGUUUUUAAAUCCGUAACAAGCAUCUCACUCGCUUUAGAUAUUAGUUAGAACCUCAGUCCCUACACAGAGAAAGUCAUUUGCUUCCCAUACAUGGCGCUAUUUUGAAACUACACUUAUGCAGUUUCAGGAGUCUUUAUUUAUUAAGCGAUAUUUAACAGAAAAUACUUGGGAAAUGUUUACUCAGAAUUUUUCUUCCACACUUGCCCCUGAUAACAUCUCA